CGGCCGGCUGCUUUUAUUCCCUUCCGCGUCCCUCUCCCGCUCCCGCGCGGAGCGGAGCAGAACCAAACGCCAAGACGCAAAGCGAUCGAGGGCUUCCUCCCGAUCCUCCUGUCCUGUCCUGUAGCCGCGCGUGGGAAAGGGGGCCGGGAACUUUUCCUCGGUGCGGCGGCGGCCAGUGCAGUCCGUCCAUAUAUAUAUAUAGCGAUGGAGAGGGGCUGGUUCGGGUGGAGGAAGGCGAAGCAGGGCGGGGGGAAGGAGGAGGAGGGUCGGGCCAAGGUGGUGGUGGACGGGUCCGGGAUACGGCAGCUGGUGGAGGACCGGGAGGCGUUCGGCAUGUUCGCGGAGACCAAGUUCCGGCAGCUCGACGCCGACGGCGACGGCCGGCUGUCCGUGCGGGAGCUGCAGCCCGCCGUGGCCGACAUCGGCGCCUCGCUCGGCCUGCCCGCGCAGGGCUCCUCGCCCAACGCCGACCACAUCUACUCCGAGGCUAUGAGCGAGUUCACUCAUGGUCACGGGAACCAGGAGGGGGUGAGCAGGGCAGAGUUCCAGGAGGUCCUGUCCGACAUUCUCCUCGGCAUGGCGGCCGGGCUCAAGAAGGACCCGAUCGUGAUACUGCGCAUCGACGGCGAGGACCUCAGGGACUUCUUGUCCAGCCCAAGGUAUGAGCCGGUAGCCGCUGCCAUCUUCUCACAGGUUGGGUCUGAAGAUGCCCCUCUCCGGCAAUGCCUGCUAGCCGCCGUUCAGCAGCUUGGCGUCGACCACGGAAUGCCCCCAGCCGCUGACGCUUGGGUGGUAGAGAACGUGGUAGAGCCGGCAUUGCAGCAGCUCCCCGCCGAUGAGCUCGAGCGACGGGCGUCCCGGGACGUCUUCUUGGAGCAGCUGAAGAAGCUGCUGGCCGGCGUCGCGGAGCAGCUUCAGGAGCGGCACGUGAUCGUCGCGCACACGGAGAACACCUUCGACGGGAGCGGCGUCAGGAGGCUGCUGGGUAACAAGUUCGAGCUCGACAAGCUGCUGGAUUCUGUGUGGAGGGAGGUGCCGGCAGAGCACAGGAAGAAGGCGCCCAAGGACAAGGAGCACCUGCGGGUCGCGCUCGAUAAGAUGGCCGACGCAGCAAGCUUGCCACCCCAUGGCGCUGUUGAUCGGGUGGACGCCGUCGUGGACGAGGCGCUCAAGGUGGCGGACGCCGGCGACGGGAAGGCGGUCGAGGAAGCGGAGUUCAAGAAGCUGCUGACGGACGUCCUUGGGGCCGUGAUGCUGCGGCUGAGCGGCGAACCGAUCUUCUUCUCCACCAGCACCGUCGUCCACGAGUCGAUGCCCGGCUCGUCCGCCCUGUUGCCGUCGCCCGCGGUGGCAUCUCCGCCGAGCGAGUAGCAACGCGCGCAUAUAAAAGGUAAAUAGUACUGUAGGAGAGUGGGCAUAAGGCCUCUCCGUAAGCGGUGCAUGUGGUUGUGUUUUUUAUCUGAUCACGAGCAUUCAUGCUUUGCUAUGGUUUGUUGGAAACUGACGGAAUGCAACGCUGCAGUUCGUCAAGUACUCCAGCAGUAUGUUGACACUGGUUGGUGUAAUAUAAGUUUGGAAUAAGGCUUCCAAGCCAGAAUGACACAUUGUCAAUGCCAAAUGUUACUGCAUGCGAAUGCAUUCAUCUGUC